AUGCUGAACAAUCUCAACGCAGCUGGAUUGGGUGUUUAUCACUUCUACCCGCCCGCAGGACCAAAGGAAUGCGACCUGCCGAAGUCGGGCCUGACGUCCCUACACGGCACCUCCGGAUUCGGCCAGGUGCCCAACUCCGCCUCGGCCGACAGCAAUGGCAACCGGUUACACGUGGCUAGCGGAGGCGGUGGCGGAGGUGGUGGCGGAGGUGGUGGUGGCGGCGGUGCCGGAGGUGGAGGCGCAGGUUCCGGCACAGGUGGGACAAACACCGGUUCCGGUACAGGAUCACUCUGCGAGCCACACAACAUCCACCAGGAUCAGGAUGCUGGCAAACAUGGCGCGAAACAGAAACGGCAUCGCACACGCUUUACACCGGCGCAAUUGAACGAGCUCGAGCGUUGUUUCUCCAAGACGCACUAUCCGGACAUCUUCAUGCGUGAGGAGAUCGCCAUGCGGAUCGGGCUGACGGAGUCACGCGUGCAGGUUUGGUUCCAGAACCGGCGGGCCAAGUGGAAAAAGCGAAAGAAGACCACGAACGUUUUCCGCACCCCAGGAGCCCUCUUGCCGUCACACGGACUGCCCCCGUUCGGGGCCAACAUAACCAACAUAGCCAUGAGCGAGAGCUUAUGCGGCACGUCGAUGUUCGGAGGCGAUCGAUGGGGCGUCGGAGUCAACCCAAUGACGGCCGGAUUCGGUCAGCUGAACCAAUCGUCCUCGCUCUCCUCCACGCUCAACACGGGGCUUAACUCGGGCAUCAACAUAUCCUCGGCCAUGGGGGCCGGUGGGUAUCACAACUAUGGACUGAAUGCGCUAGGUGAUACGAUGAUGUACCAGCACUCGGUUGGCGGUGUAGGCUGUACAGGCGGCUCACCGACGUCCACCCCGCCGAACAUAAACGCUUGCUCACCAGCUACACCGCCCCUGUCGAACAGUGGCCAGCAGCCCAAUCAGCCUCAGCAGCAUCAGCAGCAGCAGCAGCAGCAGCAACAGCAGCAACAACAACAGCAGCAGCAGCAACAAGGUGCUAGUCAAAACGAUGCAUCGGCCAACGGAGAAAUGCCUGGUGCCAAUCAGCAUGGAAUCGGCAGCUGCCAGAGCCUUUCGACUGGCACCCCCGAAGGAGACGACGAUGUAUGGCGAGGCCACAGCAUAGCGGCCCUGAGACGUCGAGCGUCCGAGUUGAAUCAAACCAUGCCCUCCUACUUGCAUGCGCACAAUUACGAUCACCACAACUCAGUGUAUUGA